CCGGUUUACUUCCUAGCGGAGAGUUUUACAAAAUUCCGUACGUCUUAAAUGAUUCGUAUUCUUAACCAACAAAGAAGAAAACAACACUUGUUCUGACAUCCUGCUUCGGCAAAUAUUAAAAACCUUCAACGCUUGUUCUACGAACGAAACAAAACUGUGUUGCGAUGGGCUUAAACGACGCUGUUAAUUACGUUCUCUUCAACAACCCUGUAUCGAACAGUAUGUGGUCAAUGGCUUCACAUGGAGCGAGGAUCGUGGGACUCAAGCCAAAGGCCAUUGCGCAAACUGCGGUAACCCAUUCCUCCAGCGCGGUCCAGCAAGUUUUGCCUCCAUUGUGGAAAAUUUUGGGCCAUAACCGAUACGUGCUGAAACUGGCCGGUUUCAGUGGAGCUAUGGCUGUAAUAUUGGGCGCGUACGGUGCCCACUAUCAUUUCAUUCCCAACGAUGACGUUAAGGAACGUGAUCCGAAGCAAAUUUUCGAAAUGACCAACCGCUACCACUUCAUCCAUUCCUUGGCGUUGCUGGCGGCCCCUCUUGCCAGACGUCCGGUAUUGACGGCGACACUAAUGGGACUCGGAAUGACGUUAUUCUGCGGCUCUUGCUACUAUGUCGCGUUCAGUAACGAUCGUCGCGUUGUGAAACUAACGCCGAUGGGUGGUUUUUUGCUCAUCUUCGGAUGGCUUUCGUUUGUUUUGUAAGAACUUCCCAGCUCAUAAGAAUAACACAAAAUUAGUAAUAAAACUUUGGGUUAUAAUUUACUUA